UUUGUUACUUUUUUCUUUUUCCAUUUUGGGUCUCUGUUUUUAGUGGAAGAAGUUUCAUAAAAUUGAUCUUGGCAUUUGAACCGAGUGCCUUUGGUCUGUUGCUUUAUUUGUAUAAAUAAAUGGGUUGUUUGGACCCUGCUUUUGUUGAAGCUUAUACUUUCCCAGUUUGCAAUAAGCAUCUGCCUGUUGAGCUAUGAAGCUUGUACUUUCCAAGUUUUCCAGUUUCUGAAGCUUUCUAUAAAGUUCUUGUGGCCCAUAAUAUGAAGUUCAUUUGUCCUAUAGUUGUGAUCGUGGAAGUUUAAAGCAUAAUUGUUUCUUUGAAUAUGAUUUUCUUCAUUUGUGAAUGAUCUUUACUUUUUUCUUCCAUUUCACAAGGUCAAGAGGAUAAUAUUGCGGAGUACUACCAGCAGCAAGUUGAAGUGCUUGAGGGCUUUACUGAAAUGGAUGCCCUAGCAGAGCGUGGUUUUAUUCCUGGAAUGUCGAAGGAGGAGCGAGACAAGUUAGCAAGAAGUGAGACGUUUGCCAUCAGAUUGUCAAAUGUAGCAAACAUGGUUCUUUUUGUCGCCAAAGUUUAUGCAUCAAUACGAAGUGGUUCCCUAGCCAUCAUUGCAUCGACUUUAGACUCGCUUCUUGAUCUUCUUUCUGGAUUUAUCCUCUGGUUCACUGCAUUUUCCAUGCAGACACCAAACCCGUAUCAGUAUCCUAUAGGAAAGAAACGGAUGCAACCAUUGGGAAUUCUUGUUUUUGCCUCUGUCAUGGCUACACUGGGACUGCAAAUCAUCUUGGAGUCUAUCCGCACAUUAAUAUAUACUGACAAUGCAUUCAACUUGACCAAGGAACAAGAGCGAUGGGUUGUGGGGAUUAUGCUUUCGGUGACUUUGGUGAAAUUCUUACUGAUGAUUUAUUGCCGCACUUUUACUAAUGAGAUCAUUAAAGCCUAUGCCCAGGAUCAUUUCUUUGAUGUGAUCACUAAUGUCAUUGGUCUUAUUGCUGCACUUUUGGCAAAUUAUGUUGAUGAUUGGAUGGAUCCUGUUGGUGCUAUCAUUCUGGCGUUGUACACCAUUCGUACAUGGUCAAUGACAGUGUUGGAAAAUGUGAAUUCCCUGGUUGGAAAAUCAGCUGCACCUGAGUAUCUUCAGAAACUCACGUACCUAUGCUGGAACCACCACAAGGCUGUGAGGCACAUUGAUACAGUUCGAGCAUACACAUUCGGGUCUCACUACUUUGUUGAAGUUGAUAUUGUCCUGCCAGCAGAUAUGCAGUUGCAAGAGGCCCAUGAUAUCGGGGAAUCAUUGCAAGAGAAGCUUGAGCUUUUACCCGAGAUCGAGCGUGCUUUUGUUCAUCUUGAUUAUGAGUACAGUCACAAACCUGAGCAUGCACAAUCUCACUCUUAGCAGCAGUAAGGAAAACCAAUGUCCUUGUUUUCAUUUACCCUUUCAUCUCCUGUCAGUUGUAAAUGUGAACCGUAUAUGGUAGUUCAGAAUCUGAACUUCUGAGCAAGUCACUAAGAAGUUGUUAGCUAUACCAGCAGCUAUCAGUCUACUUUCUGGCAGACCUGACAAUGUUCCCAAAUGUAUAUCAAGAUAGUCUUUUCAGUUAAGACCUUCCUUCCAAGUUCCAUUUAGGGGAAACAGAAUCGUUAUAUUCUUGUAGAGUGCACUCUUUCUACCUUAAUUAAGCUUUAAGGGGUUGUGUGCUGGUCUUGGUUAUUUCUAACAUCACCAAAUACGAUAAUAUAUACAUAACAUGCUAAGUUCUUCUUUUACAAGACUA